AAUCUGUUCAAACCGAGUUAGCUUUUGCUGCUUACGUCUAGCCCCUCAUUCCGCCCCUUGAUCGCCUUUGCACGGGGAAUUCAUAAUAUUGACAAGAUUCCCGUUUCAUGGUCUAGUCAACCUGCAUCAUGGCUCGGUAAUAUCCGUGCCAACGCUAAGCUACUGUGGCAAUACCGGCGUUCACCAGAAUGAUAUAAACCUUGACUCGCAACAAAUUUUAUCCAAGCAAAAGUGACUUCUUAUGCAGUACCAGCGUACCAACUCUAAUUCAUCGAUGGCAUACUCGGAUAGGUCGAUCUCAUCGAAUUCCUCUGUAUCAUCCCCUCCUCCUCAGCUUGUUGCAUUACCGUCCAUGACCCACUCUCUGGCGGCCCUGCCAACCAUGUCUGCGGUACCACACGAUAUGAUGCAUUAUUCGAAUUCACAUAGUAGAGCGAAGAUGGAGUAUGCUAUGCAAAAGCAGAGGCAACAUGCAGCCGCGCAUCCCUUUGCAGCGCUCAACGCACAUGACAUGAGACGCACACCCAGUCCAUCGUGUGAAGAUGGGCAUAUUACUGUCCGAAGACAAACCAAUGGUAGACGUUAGACAGCGACGUGACAGUACACGCGGCCGCUAAAUUGUUCAGUUGGUUACUGCGCCACCACCGCAGGACGGAAUGGCUAUGCAUGGGACGAUAGGAUCUACCAU